AUGUUGAUUUUCUUACAUAACUCAUUCUCAUCAAAGAACCACUUCAACGUUGGAGUUGGAACACCAAUAACAUUGCAUUUUACUGUGACAUCACCACCUUCAGUUAUCAAAGCUCUGUCUUUAGUAAAACUUCUGAAAGUUAAUGGAACUGAAAUAUUGUUAAACAGAUCUUCAGAUGAUGGCAAAGAAUGA